UGCCAUGUUUGCGGAAGCUUGGUCACAACAGCUAACUGGAGACUUGUCACUUUUUCUGUGUGUGUUCUAUCUGUGUUUUAUAAUCCAAUAUGAACCUGCCAAAAGGACCAGAUUCUCUGUGCUUCGACAAGGAUGUUUUUAUGAAGGAUGACUUUGACGUUGACCAGUUUGUGGCGGAGUGUCGGAAACAGGUCCAGCUGGAGGAGAUGAGAGAGGACCUGGAGCUCUACUACAAGCUGCUGAAAACAGCCAUGGUGGAGCUCAUCAACAAGGACUAUGCAGAUUUUGUUAACCUAUCCACCAACCUGGUGGGGAUGGACAAAGCCCUCAAUCAGCUUUCUGUGCCACUGGGACAGUUACGAGAAGAGGUUAUGAGCCUGCGUCUCUGUGUGAGCGAAGUAAUUCAGGCCAUAGACAACCAGCUGUCAAAACAGGAAGAUCUGCAGAAAAAAAAGGUAUGUGUAUUGAGGCUAAUCCAGGUGGUGCGCUCAGUGGAGAAGAUUGAGAAGAUCCUCCACUCACAGAACUCCAAGGAAUCCAGCUCUCUGGAAAUCAGCAGUCCUUUGUUAGCAGGUCAGAUCCUAGAGAGGAUAGCUACAGAAUUCAACCAGCUGCAGUUCCACGCCGUACAGAGCAAAGGCAUGCCCCUGCUGGACAAAGUCAGACCUCGUAUAGCAGGGAUCACCUCCAUGCUGCAGCAGUCUCUAGAGGGCCUGCUGAUCGAGGGUCUGCAAACAUCCAACGUGGACAUGGUGCGUCACUGCCUGAGGACAUAUGCCACCAUAGACAAGACCCGAGAUGCUGAGGCCCUGGUAGGACAGGUGCUGGUCAAACCAUACAUGGACCAGGUAAUAGUAGAAGAGGUGGUGAAGUCCAGCCCGAAUGGUCUCCAGCUGAUGUACACGAGACUGCUGGAGUUUGUUCCUCAUCACUGUAGACUGCUGAGAGAGGUGACUGGAGGAGCCAUAUCCAGUGACAAAGCUGACAUAGUGCCAGGUUAUGAUUUCCUGGUGAACUCUGUGUGGCCAGAGAUAAUCAAAGGGAUAGAAGAAAGGUUGGCCUACCUCUUCAACCCUGGAAACCCUGACAUAUUCUAUGAGCGCUACAGCGUGAGCAUGGACUUUGUGCGGCGGUUUGAGCGUCAGUGCAGCUCACAGGCCAGUGUGAAGAGACUGAGAGUACAUCCUUCAUACACCAGCUUCCACAACAAAUGGAACCUGCCUGUCUACUUUCAACUACGGUACAAGGAAACAGCAGGAAGUCUGGAGAACGCCAUAAGUGAUGGACUAGAGGCAGCACCAGCUGGCAGUGCAUACCACCUGCAGGUGUCUGAGGUGUUGUGGUCCUGUCUAGUGAGGUGCUGGUCUGACAAGAUCUACCUGUCACCUCUGGCCCAUCGCUUCUGGAAACUCACACUGCAGCUCUACUCUAGAUAUGCUAAAUUUCUGGAUGAGGUGUUGACUAAGAUUCCACCCCCUGAGGUGACUAAAGAGCCAGCCAGACCUCUGCCCAGCUCAGCCUCCUCCACCUCCAGCCGAACUUCAAUGGAUGAUGGUGGCAGUGAGAGUGGGAGUCCCGCCUCCCUGUCCACCAAACAGCUCGUCCACAUUGCCGCUGACAUUCAAAAGCUUCAGGAGAAGAUACCAGAGUUGUCAGAAAUGGUCAGACAGCGUUUAGAAGCUAUUGGAUUCAAAAACUUUGCUAUUGUGGAAGAUGCUCUAGCAGACUCCAAAGCUUGCCUGUCGAGCAGCGUUCCCACUCUGAACGCCAGGAUGACCCAGCAUCUGACUGAACGCUGCUGCCGCUUCCUGAAGAGUGCCUCUGAGGUUCCACGACUCUACCGCAGGACUAAUAAGGAUCUGCCAGUCCGUGCAUCAGCGUACAUGGACAACGCCUUACGUCCGUUACACCAGUUGCUGACAGACUCAACGGGGCUGGUCACUCCCUCUACAGCACAGGAAUGGCUGCGAGUAGCUCUUUCUGACUGCACACAGAGGUACUAUGAGACCAUCUCAGAGGUGCUGAGCUCGGUGAGAAAGAUGGAGGAGAGUCUGAAGCGACUGAAGCAAGCCAGAAAGGGUGCGACCACAACUACCACGGCAGGAACAAACGGUGGACCCACGGAUGACAGCAAGAUCCGUCUUCAGCUGGCACUGGAUGUGGAGUACCUGGGUGAACAGAUCCAGAAGAUGGGUCUUCAACCAAGUGACAUCUCCAUGUUUUCCACUCUCAUGGACCUUGUGAAAGAGGCCAGAGAGCUUGCUGAACAGAACCAGUAAAAAGUUCAGUCCACCGUAACCAAAAACAUCUCCAUUUACUGCUGCAAACUUCAGAGCCACAGUGCACAAAGAUCUUAACAACAGGGAUCUGCCAGAGUUGCAUCUGACCAAGCUGUAAAUUAUUGUUUUUCAAACCGCAGAUAAACUACUGUCUGGAUCACCACUGGUUCUGCUGUAGGCAGUGUGAAUAAGAGGGACUGCAUGAUGUGGUGUUAUAUCCAUGAAAUGUUUUUCACAAAAUGACUGAUACGUGCUCCACAGAAAUGUAUUUUUCUUUUUUAGUCAGAAAGUUGUAAAGAGAGACUCAAACAAUAUUUGUCUAAUUUCUGCUGCUUGGUGAAGGAUUAAUCUCGAAUAGAGAAGUCUUUAAGUGUGUAACGUGUACAUUUUUGUUAAGAUUGAAGUUCUAUAACAUGUUUAACAUAAUUAACUUGGGAAAAGAAAAAUAAAGAACUUUGGAUACA